GUCGCUGUGAAGUUUUGCGGCGAGGAUUCCGCGGAAGAAACGGCCGAAACUGUAAGUCCAAGGAAACACGACCUCUUCAGCACGUUCAAGAGAAGAGCCUUCAGCAGGAUUAGCUUCAAGGGCGAAUCGGGUCCGCUGUUGAAUAGUUCACACUUUCUGAUCAUGAUACACACGCACACGUGCACACGCUCCCGUAUACAGAAAGAGAAAGAGGGACAGAGAGAGAGAGAGAGAGGGGACGGUUUAUACAAGUGUUGAUGUACAAGUGAACAGAGGACAAGAUCCAUUUGACGCUGCAAACAUUUCGAAGCGCCGUAUGGACCGCGUCGAAAAUUGUUUGUUACAUGAUUGUGCAUGAUAAUGCACAAGUUUUCUUUAAUUAAUAUUUAAAAAUCCAUGUGAUCAUUUGUAAAAUGGUACAAGACUUUUUUAUUAAGUUUGAUCUAAUAUAUAAGUAUACAACAGCUGACGGCGUCGCUACAGCUCAUCUUCAAUUAAAAUUUUUAAUUAAUAUCUUACUGCCAUUGCGAAUAUUGCAAAACGGUAUGGGAUUUUUAUGUUCACUUCAAUUCGUUCCCACAAAAAUUUUGAAGGAGAAUCUAGGACAUCCUGUAUAUAUAAAUUGAUAUAAAUUGUAUAUUUUGUAUUCUGACUCGUACAUAUUGACAUAUCAUAAACAACAUCGUUAAUUCCACUUUCGAAAUGUCGAAAAAUAAACGCAAUACUAGCCUCUCUAUAUGUAAAUAUCUAUGACGUAUGUUGCAUAAGCGAAUUCCAAUAGGAAAACGAUAAGCUAUCGUUUCCGUGUGUGAUACCCGACGAGGACAUCGCGCAAGCAGCUCGUUCGUUAAUUCGCUCGUUAACGCAAGUUUCUUCCAACGAAGAACGUUAAUACACUGUAAUACUAGAAGACAGUGAAUAUCCUCACAGCAGUUCAGAAUUAUAGAAAGAUAUACUAAUUAAAGAUAAAAGAGAAACGAUAACGAUAAAAAGUAACUGAAGAUUAUAAAAGUAAACGAACAAAUAAAUAAAUAAAAUAAUAUAUGACUAAAUAAAUAUUCGCGCUCUACUAUAAUCAAAUAAAUAAGCAAAUAAAGCAAACGACGGACCGCGGAUUAUUAGACAUUUAUUUACUGACUAACUAUUACUUCGAAAAUACGCCCGACGACGUAAAAUUCGCAUCACAAUACGCGUUUUACACGCGGGACACGCCGAAAAUAGCGACAGGCGACUGCUAUUUCCAAAGCAGCAAUUGCCGGAAAUCUUUAUUCCUCUCCCUCCCCUGUACGAAAAUAGAUGCACCUUAAUCGCGAGUGUCGAAUGUAUGCGCUCUUCGCGCGCCAAGGGUAACCUCGGAGUGUAUUGAAAUUUUUACGACCAAACAAUAUCAUUCUAGAAAAAAAUUAAUUUCAUCGUCAAACGAACAAUUUAUCGUGACUUUAUACUCGCCACUUGCAAUGUGUUACAUUAUCAUCUUUAGAUCUACUAAUAUUAUUGAAAUUGAACAAAAUAGUCUGCUCUGUGACUGAUCAUAGUUGUAUACGCAAGACUGCUACAAUUUAGCGAGUCGAAAGAAAGAAAGCAAAUCGAGGGAGUCAGUUGCGUUAUUUCGAUCUAAUUGAUCUUGCAAAUUAAAAGUUUGGACCGACGAGGCUCUCUUCUUCGUGAAACGGUUCAACGGCGCAAUUCGUGCCAAAGUGACACGCGCGAAGACAAAGGGGAGAAGACGUUCUUGGCUGGCCCCAGCCGAAAGUGUAUCCGCAGUGCCCGGUUAGCCUCGUUACGUUAACGAGCGGUCUUAAUUAGCCGCGUUCACUGCACCUGUCUCACGGCAAAUCAUUCGAUCGCGAAGCAAUCGAUAAGUAAUCCAUCAAACCGACCGACCGACCGCCCCGCGCGCGAUAAGUCUGACUUUUGCCCUGCCUUUGUGACUGAUAUAGCUCAUCCUUUUUGACGACUCGGCUGACGUGCGAGUUGUCAAACACACAGUGCGCGCGUGCACAAUGAUAAAUGAUAAUUAUUCGUAAUAAUAGUCUAGCGAGCAAAUAAAAGGCAAUCUCUCGUUCAAUUGCUUUCUUCAAAACAAUUGUUUCGAACGUAUUGUCUGAAAAAUAUCGCGUACACUGUAUGUUACUUUGAACCCCUGUCUCAAUUGAUCAUAAUUAUACAAGCAUGAUCCAGCUCAUAAAAUUAUAACGAAGUAAGACAGUCGUUUCCAAAAGUUUUUGUUAUCAACAUGUAAUCGUCUUUCUACAUAACAUAUACGUUCUUUGUGUAUGUCUUAUGUAAUUAUACGUCCUUCUACAUAAAACAAAAAAGCAUCCAAGCCCUACGGAUGCCUAAAGUUAAUUAAAAGGCAGUUUUUGUUUUCUACUGGCCGCGUCCCCAUAUUUACUCACUUUCUUAGCCCUUUGGAGCACAGUGGUUCACCGUGAAAUCAUCUGUUAGAACCAAAUCGUAACUUCAGACAUAGUGAUAUCGCAACGAAACCCAGCCUGUGCGCAGUAAUACACUCUACCGGUUUUUUGUGUUACUCGUAGUAUUCGCUUCAGUUUGCGCGUUUUAUAAAAAAAGGAAAAAAUUAAUUUCAGAAGGAAUGAUCUCUUGGAUCGUCACUCUAGACACGUGACAUGAAUAUCUCAUUAUAAUCUUGAAGAUUCUGUGCUUCAAAGGGUUGAGAGCUAAGCUUGUACCCAAAAAUACCUUUAGAAAAGAAAAAAUGCUUCGAAGUGUUAUCUACAUUUUUUAAAUAAAAUUUUCAGUUUCAUUUUUCUCAAAACAUACUUCACGCGGAUCAUUUUUCCAACAACCACGGUCGAUUGUUACUCUCCGCGAAUUUUUGGACGCGACAGAUGGAGACGGCGACGUCGUCGGGACGACGGCGCGCCUCGGAUGCUGCGACGCUCCAUCGUCCGGGCGAGAUGGUCGGUGGGCUGUCGGGGCUGCGACGAGCAAUUUCGCAAGUGUCCACGAUGGUCGUGAAGGCGACGACUUCCGGCGAGGCGGCUUGGCGCGAAGAGUUGCUCAAGUACCGCCAGACUAGAUUCAGUUCCAGAAGGGUUCGAAAAAGGGUUGUCUUCAAGCAUGGCGACUGCAACGUCGUGCAGGGGAACGUUGCCAAGCGACGUCGGCGAUAUCUUCAGGACAUCUUCACGACGCUGGUGGACGCACAGUGGCGAUGGACGUUGUUGGUGUUCUCUAUGAAUUUCCUGUUAUCUUGGCUGGGCUUCGCGCUUAUAUGGUGGCUGAUCGCCUACAGCCACGGUGACUUGGAGCCUCAUUUCACUAAUCAAAACUUCACGCCCUGUGUCGAAGAUAUCCGCAGUUUCACCAGCUGCUUCUUAUUUUCUGUCGAGACGCAGCACACAAUUGGGUACGGAGCGAAACACAUUACAGACGAAUGUCCAGAAGCGAUCUUCACGCUGUGCAUCCAGUCGAUGACGGGCGUGAUCCUACAAGCGUUCAUGGUCGGCAUUGUGUUUGCCAAGCUGUCACGACCCAAAAAGCGCACUCAGACCCUUCUGUUUUCGCGCAAUGCCGUCAUCUGCCAGCGAGACGGCCAGCCCUGCCUCAUGUUUCGCGUUGGCGAUAUGCGCAAGAGUCACAUCAUUGAAGCCCACGUGCGCGCUCAGAUGAUCAGGAGAAAGGUGUCGAAGGAGGGCGAAUUGCUGCCGUUCUUCCAGACAGAGCUGAAGGUCGGCGGCGACGGCGAAGAAGAUAAGAUCUUCUUCAUCUGGCCCACCACAAUCGUGCACAAGAUCGACCGGAAAUCGCCGCUCUACCGAAUAUCGGCCAGCGACAUGCUGCAAGAGCGAUUCGAGAUCGUCGUGAUACUGGAAGGAGUGAUCGAGUCGACCGGCAUGACGACGCAAGCGAGAAGUUCCUAUUUACCGUCUGAGAUCUUGUGGGGUCACCGGUUCGAGUCUAUCAUCACGUUCCGCAAAGAGACUGGUGAAUACGAGGUCAACUACAUGCUCUUCAACAACACCUACGAGGUGGACACGCCGCUCUGCAGCGCCGCCGAACUCGACCGCAUCCGCGCGAUGCAUCAUCGCUCGAAUACAGAACGCACCGGUCCAGGUGCAUUCUCCAACGAAGCUUCCAGUAGCAGUUGUUCGACCAUCAGUUCGAGGCGUUUGAGCUUGAGAUCCUCUUCCGGCGAUCUACAUACACAAACGUCGAUGCCGGUGAUGGUGUCUACGGCACUUCCAAACCCUAUCUCGGUGAUAAUCACCGAUCCAGAAAGUUCCUGUAAACGGAAAAGCGUCACUCUGCAUCCUGACGUGCCGCCGUCAUUCUACGCUCAAGAAGAGACGACAAACAGUAUCGAAUACGAGAACUCGAAGAAUCAAGAAGAUUACGAGCAUAUCCUCGAAGAUAUUAACGCGAGUUUGAUAAAGAACAAGAAGCAGAACGGCACAGAAGUUAGGAUACAACGAAAUGAAUCGAAAACAACGUUAGACUCGAAAAAAAGCGACGCGAGAUCGAAUUCGAUCGUAGAAGAAAUACCAGAAAGCGAGACGAGGAAGAAUCCAUCCUCCAGAAGCAACGUGAAUACCGAGCUCAAAGGGGGACCGGGACCUGGGAAGACCGAGCGAUGUCGGAUGAUCGGCGGCCAACUUCGAACGGAGAUCACGGCAUCUCUAACUAAUUGGAAGAAGGAAGCGAAGACAGACCCAAGUCGAGGAUUAAUCGAGGACGAGGAAAGAGACGAUGAUCGAGAGAAUCAACAUGGGUCGGUCCGCGUAAGGGUCGACCUUAACAACCAGAGUCUGAAGCAGAGAUCGAGUAAAGAGAAGUGAAGGAAAUCAGAGGAAAGAAGUGAAGUGAAGAAGA